AUGAGGAGAGAUCUGGGUCCACCUGUUUUUUGUCACAGACUUUGUUGCCCAACCGAAUCGAUUUGGGGCUAUGGACUUCAGACUUGUGUUAAUCUAUCGGCGGAGAUUAGACGGAAUAUCUAUUAAAACUGUAAUGUUCCCAGUGAAGAUUUUCAAGUAUACGUGUGAAGGUUGCCAGCCGCUUGCUGAAAGUCGUCAUUAUACUCACGAUCAGGUCACUUUGACUUUCUUUCGAUUUAGGGUUGCAGCUGUCUUCUCCACAUUUUAUAUUCCAAAGGAUAAUGACGCUUGGUUACUUUCACUGUGCCUGGAGCGAAUAAAGCGAACUACAACGGUCAAGCUAGCUAUUCUAACUAAACAGAUUUUUAAAGUGGUCAUUAACAAGGAAAAGAUACGGCGACACAUCUUCCGGUUUAUACCACUUUUUAAACAGCUAACAAUGUUCCUUUUCGCUAAUGAUAGUCUUGAAUAUAAUACAGAUAUAAUUGCUAUAAUAGCAGUAGCUUCAUCAAAGAAUACGCUUCAUUACAAUUGAAAGAAGAAAGCUACAUUGGCAAUAUGUUAUAUAAUUGUUGCAAAUAUCUGGGGAUUCAAUGGCCGAAAACCAUGUUAGAAACUCACGAUGCUAUUUUGCACGCAACAAAUAUAUGCAAGCCGCACGUAUUGUGAUUUUAGAUUUAUUCGAAUACAUAAGCAUUCACGUGAGCUGCAAGACGAUUGAAUUGAAUCAAAGUAGUAGCAUUUUCACUCUGAUUUUCCUCAAAUUACGAAUUUGAUAUUUUCACGUGUGGAAAAUUUGAUUCGAAAAUAUACAUUUCAAUUUGAGAAUUUCUAUUUCGAAUAUAGAUUAUUUUGUUUAAAAUUAAAUCUCAAUUUUUCUAUUUCAGAAAGUUGCCGCGAUUUCCUAAGCAAAUUUUUAAAGAAUAUACGUAUAUUUAGAUAAAUAAAUCCUUCGGGUUUUAAAACCAAAGAGAAGACAAAUAUUUGACAGGUAUACCUAGUUAUGUGGAAUAAAGAAAACACGAAUUCUCUCUUGAAUAUUACGUAAAAUACGCAAGUGGAAUGCUUUUCAAAAUCGCGUAGUGAAGAACUCGGUGUAAGUGAGAAAAAGUCCAAAUGCAAGAUUUCGAUAUCUUCUUUAGCGAUCAUAUUUUCUUAAUUUUGGUAUUUCAAUCUAGUCAUAAUGAUAUUUUAAAGAAUAAAUAUAUAUAUAAAUAUUGAAAUUAAGUAAUAUCUCCCAAAUAUCAUUGCUAAAAUUAUACUUACAAUUAAUUCAAUUUCAGACGCCAAUGGAUCAACCACACAGAUGCGUUAAAAAUGAGAAUGAAGAAUAA